CGGUGGGUGGGGCGGGGAAUGCGGCGGCAGUGGAGUUAGGCUGCUCGCAGGCUAGGAGCCGGAUCUGUGCUGAGGGGCCGGCCGCUGUCCUUCCUCAGCCUCCGGAAGUGAGCUCCAGCAUUUCUGCGCGGCCCGGGCCUCGCCUGGGCAGCAGGCGGCGGAGGACCUCGCCGCGGGGCCGCCAUGGACGCGGCGGCGCUGGAACGGGAUGCUGUGCAGUUCGCGCGGCUGGCGGUGCAGCGCGACCACGAAGGCCGCUACUCAGAGGCGGUGUUUUACUACAAGGAAGCUGCACAAGCCUUAAUUUAUGCUGAGAUGGCAGGAUCAAGCCUAGAACACAUUCAAGAAAAAAUAAAUGAAUAUCUGGAAAGAGUGCAGGCUCUACAUUCAGCAGUUCAGUCAAAGAGUGCGGAUCCUUUGAAAUCAAAACAUCAGUUGGACUUAGAACGGGCUCAUUUCCUUGUUACGCAAGCUUUUGAUGAAGAUGAAAAAGGGAAUGUUGAAGAUGCUAUAGAAUUGUAUACAGAAGCUGUAGAUCUCUGUCUGAAAACUUCUUAUGAGACUGCUGAUAAAACUCUGCAAAAUAAACUGAAACAGUUGGCUCGACAAGCACUGGACAGAGCGGAAGCAUUGAGUGAGCCUUUAACAAAGCCAUUAUGCAAAGUCAAGGCAACGAAUAUUAAACCAAAGCCACCUCCAACAAGAACACAUUUUCCUCUAGGAACUAAUCCCUUCCAGGAAAGACCUCAGCCGUUUAUAAGUCCACAGUCAUGUGAUGCACAAGGACAGAGAUAUACAGCAGAAGAAAUAGAAGUUCUCAGGACAACAUCAAAAAUAAAUGGUAUAGAAUAUGUUCCUUUCAUGAAUAUUGAUCUGCGGGAACGUUUUGCCUAUCCAAUGCCUUUCUGUGAUAGAUGUGGCAAGCUACCAUUAUCACCUAAACAGAAAGCUAUAUUUUCUAAGUGGGUGCGACCAGAAGAUCUGACCAACAAUCCUACGAUGAUUUAUACUGUGUCCAGUUUCAGCAUAAAGCAGACAAUAGUGUCAGAUUGUUCCUUUGUGGCAUCACUGGCUAUCAGUGCAGCUUAUGAAAGACGAUUUAAUAAGAAGUUGAUUACCAGCAUCAUUUACCCUCAGAAUAAGGAUGGUGAGCCAGAGUACAAUCCAUGUGGAAAGUAUAUGGUAAAACUUCACCUCAAUGGUGUCCCUAGAAAGGUGAUAAUUGAUGACCAGUUACCCGUUGAUCAUAAGGGAGAGUUGCUGUGUUCUUACUCUAACAACAAAAGCGAACUGUGGGUUUCUCUCAUAGAAAAAGCAUACAUGAAAGUCAUGGGAGGAUAUGAUUUCCCAGGGUCCAACUCAAAUAUUGAUCUUCAUGCACUGACUGGGUGGAUACCAGAAAGGAUCGCCAUGCAUUCAGAUAGUCAGUCUUUCAGUAAGGAUAAUUCUUUCCGGAUGCUUUAUCAAAGGUUUCACAAAGGGGAUGUCCUCAUCACCGCAUCCACUGGAGUGAUGACUGAAGCUGAAGGCGAGAAGUGGGGGCUUGUUCCCACACAUGCUUAUGCUGUGUUGGACAUUAGAGAGUUCAAGGGGCUGCGGUUUAUCCAACUUAAAAAUCCUUGGAGUCAUUUACGUUGGAAAGGAAGAUACAGUGAAAAUGAUGUAAAAAACUGGACCCCAGAAUUGCAAAAAUAUUUAAACUUUGAUCCUCGAACAGCUCAGAAAAUAGACAAUGGAAUAUUUUGGAUUUCAUGGGAUGAUCUCUGCCAAUAUUAUGAUGUGAUUUAUUUGAGUUGGAAUCCAGGUCUUUUUAAAGAAUCAACAUGUAUUCACAGUACUUGGGAUGCUAAGCAAGGACCUGUGAAAGAUGCCUAUAGCCUGGCCAACAACCCCCAGUACAAGUUGGAGGUGCAGUGUCCACAAGGCGGCGCUGCAGUUUGGGUUUUGCUUAGUAGACACAUAACGGACAAGGAUGACUUUGCAAAUAAUCGAGAAUUUAUCACAAUGGUCGUAUACAAGACUGAUGGGAAAAAAGUUUAUUACCCAGCUGACCCACCUCCAUACAUUGAUGGGAUUCGAAUUAACAGCCCUCAUUAUUUGACUAAGAUAAAGCUAACCACACCUGGGACCCAUACCUUUACAUUAGUGGUUUCUCAGUAUGAAAAACAGAACACAAUCCAUUACACAGUCCGGGUAUACUCAGCGUGCAGCUUUACUUUUUCAAAAAUUCCUUCACCAUACACCGUAUCAAAACAGAUUAAUGGAAAGUGGAGUGGUCAGAGUGCUGGAGGAUGUGGAAAUUUCCAAGAGACUCAUAAAAAUAACCCCAUUUACCAAUUCCACAUAGAAAAGUCUGGGCCACUGCUGAUUGAACUAAGAGGACCAAGGCAAUACAGUGUUGGGUUUGAAGUUGUAACUGUUUCUGUGGUGGGAGACCCCGGUCCUCAUGGCUUCCAGAGGAAAUCUAGUGGUGACUACAGGUGUGGCUUUUGCUACCUGGAACUAGAGAGUAUACCAGCUGGGAUCUACAACAUCAUUCCCAGCACUUUUUUACCUAAACAAGAAGGACCCUUUUUCUUGGACUUUAAUAGUGUUAUCCCCAUCAAGACAACACAACUGCAGUGAUGAAGGAAUCAGAGCAGUUGCUAAAUUUUAAACUUGCCAAACAUCAAUCCUUCAAAUGAGGAUGCACACCUCUGGGACACUGAACAAUCAGAACAGGAUGAAAUCUCUCAAAAUGUUCCUGUGGAAUCUGGUGCUGAAAUCAGGGUGUCUGGUGAGAACUGAGUGUAGUCACAAUUACCUGCAACCACUUAGAAGUACCAUUUAUGCGGUUUUGUGUAUACAUGGAGCGGGCUUGCAUUUAGGGCCACAUUGUAUAAAAAAAUGUAGGCGAUUGAAGAUUAGACUCAGUCAUGCACUGAGCUAGAUGCCCUUGUGAAGAGGGAACUGAGACCAGACGAGGAGAGUGAGGGAUGUAGCUCAUUUGAGUGGAACAGGAGGCCAGGAUUAUAGUCUGAGAUAUCUACACAAUGUUCGUGUUUCGGGCAGAGCAUGUUUAAAGGUAAGCCUGCUUGUGUUGUGACUCUACUGUACAUCCUGGGCAUCUGGUUGCCAAACAAACCAUGUUAUUAACCAGAAGAUUUUAAUCCUGCACUAUUUAUGACUUUAAAUGUUUAUUGUUGCCCGGAGGUUAUGAGGAAUAAAGCUUUAAGAAAAAAUA